AUGGUUGCCGUCCCAGUCUGGGCCUUGAAGAUCGGCUGCUUCUAUGGCCUUAUAACCUGCGACACUGCCCCGGGUGUUUGGCCUGAGAGCACGCCGACUGUCAUUGCCUAUCAUCCUCCUACCUCGACUCCCUCCAGCACUCCCAGUACUGGACUGAGUUCGACUGCGGUGGUCACUUCUACACCUUCGUUAACUCCCUCUCUUUCGGCUUCUGUCUCUGUCUCGGCCUCAACCUCAAUUGGUGGUGGUUCGUCCAGUGGCAUUCCGAACAGCACCCCCGGUGCUUCCACUUUCGUUACUUUCACCUCGUCGAGUGCCCUUCCCUCGGGUUCUGCUUCGAGCUCAGUGAUUGUCACUGUCCCGUCCGUCUCAGCUAGUACCCCUGUCCAGAGUGGGUCCUCAUCGAUCGGUUCUGCCUCCACUCCCAUUGUUUCGCCUUCUGGAAGUGUUUCUGCUAGCCCUUUGCCUUCUUCCGCUUCCAACUCGGCCUCUUCGCCUGCUUCCAGUGCUGUUUCUUCAUCAGCAAACGUCCCGUCAGGAAGCUCUUCUUUGAGUAUCCCUGUCUCGUCUGCCGCUAGCAGCCCGAUUUCAUCUGCGCCUGCUUCAUCUUCUGCAGCCUCGUCUUCCGUUGCUUCGUCUUCCGUUGCUUCGUCUUCCGUUGCUUCGUCUUCCGUUGCUUCGUCUUCCGUUGCUUCGUCGUCUGUUGCUUCGUCUUCCGUUGCUUCGUCGUCGGUUGCUUCGUCUUCCGUUGCUUCGUCGUCUGUUGCUUCGUCUUCCGUUGCUUCGUCGUCGGUUGCUUCGUCUUCUGCAGCUUCGUCGCACGUCGCCUCGUCCACUGUCGUUGCGUCUUCUUCCGUUGCUUCGUCUUCCGCAGCUUCGUCUUCUGUCGUAGCCUCGUCGUCUGUUGCUUCGUCUUCCGUUGCUUCGUCCUCGGCUGUUUCUUCUCACGUGCCAUCUUCGUCAGUUGCAUCCUCUUCGGUUGCAUCUUCGGCCCCUGUUUCUUCCUCACCCGUCUCAUCUGCACCUGUGUCUUCCAGUGCCUCUGUGACUACCCCCAUUAUGUCUUCCUCUGCUGUUUCCAUCUCGGCAAGCGCCACGGCCACGCCCCUGACCCACGCCGCUGUUGCAGCCAACAUUCUCGUUAUCGCCAGAGACUCUGCCUCCGCUAGCGUUGCUAGCUCUGGUCUCAACGGAUACGGUAUUCCCUUCACCCACCUGAUUGUUCCCUCCGGUGGUGUUGCCCUCCCCGAUCUUAACGGCACCGCCGGUGGUAACUUCGGUGGUAUUGUCGUCGCCGCUGAAGUCAGCUACGACUAUGGUGCCACAGGCUUCCAAAGUGCCCUGACCACUGACCAGUGGAACCAGCUUUAUGCCUACCAGAUCGAGUACGGUGUUCGCAUGGUACAAUAUGACGUUUACCCCGGUCCCAACUAUGGUGCUUCUGCCAUUGGAGGCUGCUGUGACACCGGUGUUGAGCAGCUUGUUUCCUUCACUGACACCAGCGACUUCCCUACCUCUGGCCUCAAGACUGGUGCCGGUGUUAGCACUAGUGGCUUGUGGCACUACCCUGCUACUAUCAGCAACACUACCUCCACCAAGCAAAUUGCUGCCUUUGCUGCCACCACUGGCUUCGACAGCGAGAGCGUUGCUGCUGUCAUUAACGACUUCGAUGGCCGACAGCAGAUGGCUUUCUUCAUCGGAUUCGAUACCACCUGGAGUUCCACUUCCGCCUACCUGCAGCACGCAUGGAUCACCUGGAUCACUCGUGGUCUCUACGCCGGAUACCGCCGUGUCAACCUGAACACCCAGAUUGAUGAUAUGUUCCUCGAGACUGAGCUUUACUCUCCCGCCGGUGUCAACUUCCGUAUUCGCCCCGAGGAUCUCGCCAACGUUGCCAGCUGGACUGAUUCCAUCAACUCUAUUAUGCCUGCUGGCAGUUCUUACUUCGUUGAAGUUGGUCACAACGGUAACGGUAACAUUGAGAACUCUUCCGACAGCUCUGAUGCUGGCUGGUCUACCUGCGGUGCUGCCAUCGAAUACGACUCGCCCCCUGACACCGCACUUGAGUUCCAGAAGCCUCUCGGCACUGGUGAGGACUUGUGGCCCACCACUCCCACCACCUACGACUGGACUUCUGCCUGUAACGCCAUGGAUGAUCUUCUCAUCUGGUGGACAACCGAGAGCAACCUCAACAAGUUCGGUCACAUCUCGCACACUUUCACCCACGAGGAGCAGAACAACGCCACCUACGAUGAUGUCUACAAGGAGAUCAGCUUCAACCAGGCUUGGCUCAAGGCUGUCGGCAUUGACCAGGCUACCAAGUUCACCUCCAACGGUAUCAUUCCUCCUGCCAUUACUGGUCUGCACAACGGUGACGCUCUCCGCGCCUGGUGGGUGAACGGUAUCACCAACUGUGUCGGUGACAACACCCGCCCUGCUCUGCUCAACUCCGAGAACGCCAUGUGGCCUCUGUUCACUACUGUUGCCAACAACGGUUUCGAUGGUAUGCAGGUCAACCCCCGCUGGGCUACCCGUAUCUACUACAACUGUGACACCCCCGCUUGCACCCUGCUUGAAUGGAUCAACACUUCCGCUGGCUCUGGCACCUUCGCCGAUCUCCUCGCCACUGAGAAGGCCGACACCAUGCGCCACCUCUUCGGUCUCUACCACGAUGGCUACAUGUUCCACCAGGCCAACCUCCGCAACGUCGAUGUUGAGCCCAUCACCAUCAACGGUGUCUCCAAGAAGUGGUCCAUCAUGGAAGCGUGGGUUGAGACCGUGGUCCAGGAGUACAUUCGCUUGGCUGAGUGGCCUAUCGUGACUCUCACUCACCAGGAGAUGUCCGCUUCCUUCCUGGCCCGUUACAACCGUGACAAGUGUGGCUACUCUCUGAGCUACGCCACCAGCAACAAGCAGAUCACCGCUGUCACUGUCUCUGCCACUGGCAACACCUGUACUGACCCCAUCCCCGUGACCUUCCCAGUUGCUCCCACCAGCACCCAGGGCUUCGCCACCGAGCAGCUCGGCAGCGACCCCUUGACUGUGUGGGUCCAGCUUGCCGGAUCUCCCGUCACCUUCACUCUUUCUACUCCCAUUUCCUUGUAA